AUGGAGCCCAGAACUGUUUUAAACGAGAAGUUUUUCAUCGUCACUCGCGGGAAGUCGAGGAAAGGUUUCUGCCGAGGAUGUAUCGGGCGCAUAGAGUCGGAGACGAAGCGUGGAGAGUUCGUGGGGCUCCUGUACGGCGGGAACAGCAACCCAGGGACCCCCAAGAACGGGGGCCUGGUGAGGAUAGAGGACAUGUACCCGCUGACCCGCCACCAGGCACAGCUCCUGCUCUUCAUUUCCAGCGCAAGCAGACGCCUGGAGCUGCUCUGUAACCCGCAACUGUUCUCUGCCAUCUGUGAGCUGUCUCAGGACGACCUGGUGGUGGUGAAGCACAAGAACGGACACCUUCCCGGUUUGGUGAAGAACUUGAUGCAAAUCGGACGGAAAGACAAUAAAGACGACCUGUACAUGCUUGCCUUUGAAGUGGAAUUUGUGGACACCGAUCAUACUUUGUCAUCCAAGAAACCUCCUCUGUCCCUUUUCAGUGCUGCAGACAUCAUCCAGGUGGUCCCAUCUUACUCUGUCCCCCUCGGACUGCAGUGGAAAGAUGCCAUUUGUGGGGGUUUAAACAGAAAGGCGGUGACACGCAACAGCUGCAUUGCAAACAUCGGAUCUCGUGCACAGCCGGCGACAGAGAAUCACACGGAGCAGAGUUUGAUUCAGAACCAGAGUCUGAGCUCAGUGCCUUUGGAGGUGGGAUCCAUGGUGGAGGUGGUUUCCAACUCAGGGAUCACAGUGUACGGGGUCAUCCGGUGGUUGGGUGUCCCUGGAGGAAAGACUGGUGAAUGGGCUGGCAUUGAACUGGACUACGACGUUAAGGGCUGCUCUGAUGGGAUGUAUGGUGGUCAGCGGUUUUUCACUUGCAAGGAGAAAAGAGCUUUGUUUGUUCCCAUCACAAAGUGCAGCCCCGAUGGCAGGUUUCUAAGUGCGUCUACAGGAAAAGAGAUCCUCAAAUCCACUGACACCACUCCAGUUCCUCCAUAUGAAGACACGGACGAAGAUGUGCCACCUAUCCCUGAAUCCGAGGCGCCGUCUUUGUUAGUGGGAAAAAUGAAAGGGAUUCAGGGACACAUUAACUCCUGUUACCUUGAUGCCACACUCUUCAGUUUGUUCAGCUCAUCUGUGACCCUGGAUGGUAUCUGCAAGAAGCCUGCUGACACAGACCAACCCAUAACCUGCACCCUGAGAGCAAUAGUGAACCGUUUACGCAGACAAGGCUUCGUCCCUGCAGAGAGUGUGAUGAAUUUUCGGACACAUCUUGGCUGUGACACUUUUCGGACAGAGGAAAAAGGUACGCGCCCGUAUCUUGAAAUACAUUAUAAGAUAAUUUAAAAAAUCUGAGGGCUUCUUUUCAGAUUUAUUUAUCUGUUCUUUUUUAAACUGCCUCGCCUCACUGUAGAUCCAGAGGAGUUCAUCACAGUCCUCUUUCAAAAGGUGCUUUGCAUGGAGCCUCUGCUCAAACUCAGAUCGAAACGAGAAACGUCCCAGGGUGCCUACACCUUCCAGAUCUUUCUGGAGAAGGAGCAGAUGGGACAGAUACCCACGGUCCAACAGCUGAUGGACACAUCCUGCCUGUCAGGUGACCUUAAAUUUGAAACGAUGCCGUCCUGUCUAAUAGUUCAGAUGCCGAGGUUUGGAAACAAAUAUAAGAUGUUUUCUCACAUUAUUCCCUCCUUGAAGCUGGACAUCACAGAUCUCCUAUACAACUCUCCGAGGGAGUGCUUUGUCUGUGGGCGUUUGGCAGAGUACGAGUGUCUUCAGUGUCUGCCAGAUCGCAAACUGCAGCCAGGGAGAAUCAAACAGUACUGUACCACCUGUAAUGCACAGAUGCACAACCAUCCCUCACGACAAGGCCACUCUCCCAGUGCUCUAGCAGUACCAGUAGGAGUUCCCACCGAUACUCCUGUUCCCAGGCACACAAUGGAGCUGUUUGCUGUACUCUGCAUUCAAACCAGCCACUACGUGUCCUUUGUCAAAUAUGGCUCUGACGCUCACUCCUGGAUCUUCUUUGACAGCAUGGCAGACAGAUGUGGUGACGAUCAAAGUGGCUACAACAUUCCAGAGGUCCGCGCUUGUCCGGAGCUGGGUGAUUUCCUGAGUCAGCCAGAGGAAGAGCUGUCUCAGGCCAACCCAUCCCAGGCUCCUGAGCUGGUGCGCAGGCUGCUGUGUGACUCCUACAUGUUUUUAUACCAGAGCUCAACCACGUGCUUUGAAAGCCAAACAGUUAGGAGCCUUAAAUGCGUGUGA